AUGUCUUUGCAGAAAGGAGCAUCCGCGUUAAGAGAUUUAGUGGAUAGAUUUCCUCAGCCAGGUCAAAUCCAAAGACGAGUCCUCCAAAGAACCGCCCAGGAGACCGUCGAUGCUCUGCCAGGCCUUCUGCACAAACGCAGUGCGUACAAUGAGGCCCAUCAGUCUAAGAAAGAAUCGGCAAAUUCCCUCCCUCGCCUACACCCCAACAAUUGCCCACACUUUCCAUCACCCGCGACAAUCAAAGUCAUCAAUGACGAUACUCUUAACGUCGCCAUUACCCUUGCUCAAAAUGCAAGAGCCCACAAUUUCAACUCAGGUGUUUCAAACCUGCGCCCAAUAAUAAUCAACUUUGCAAGCCACCGAAAACCUGGCGGGGGCUGGCUGAACGGCGCCAUGGCACAGGAGGAAUCGAUCUGCUAUCGCAGCUCACUGUCACUAAGCCUUGAUUACAGUGAUUACCCGCUCGCUCUUGAUGAGUUGAUAUACAGCCCCUACAUCCUCAUCAUGCGGAGUGACCUCGUCUCCGGACAUAAUCUGCUUGAGCCGUCCUCUGCCACACCACAGGAUCUUCCCGUUAUCAGCGGAAUCACGAUCGCUGCUGUCCAUCAACCUGCACUUCGGACAGUGUCGAUGGGUAAUUCCCACAUCAGGAUAAGCGACGAUGCCCUACGCUCACACCGCAGUUCACCUUCACCAUCAUCCAUCUACCUUUGUACUCGACAAAUCUUUGCACGUAAAAGGGAUAUCAAACUUACCAAAAUCAAAAUGAGGCUAGCACUUCGUGCAGCAGCACUCAAAGGGCAUGUGAUGUUAGUUCUUGGAGCCUUGGGCUGUGGGGUCUAUGCGAAUCCCCCUGCUGAGAUUGCGAAGUUCUGGCUCGAGGUUCUGAGGGAGGAUGAGUUUCGCGGGAACUGGUGGCGCGAAGUGUACUUUGCUGUCUAUGACACCAAGAGCAAAGGCACUUAUGAGACUUUUAGACAAGUUUUGGAUGGGAAAAAAAGUUUAGUUGGUGUUUUCAGUUUCUAA